AUGGAGAAGCACAUUUUCUUACUGAUUCUUCUACUUGUAAUUCAAUAUUACUCUGUUGCUUCCUCAAAUGAAACUGAUCAACAAGCUCUACUAGCUUUCAAAAAUCUUAUUACAAGUCCUAAUCAUUUUUUGGCCAAUAAUUGGACCAAAAAUACUUCUUUUUGCUCUUGGUUUGGUGUCACUUGUAGUUCAAAAAGGCAAAGGGUUGUGGCCUUGGCUCUUCCUAAUUUGCAACUUCAAGGCACAAUUUCCCCGUCUUUGGCCAAUCUGUCCUUCCUCAGUGUUCUCAAUCUCGAGAACAACAGCUUCCGUGGUGGCAUCCCUUAUGGACUUGGUCACUUGCCUCGCUUGCGAGUGGUUGAUAUUCAAAACAAUCAGCUCAACAGAAGUAUACCAGCAAGUCUAUUUCAACACCGGAGAGUUCAAGUAAUUUCAUUAGCUUUCAAUGAACUCGGUGGUGAAAUGUGGAAAGGGCCAUGGUAUGUCCCUGAACUCAGAGUCUUGGAUCUCACCAACAACAGCCUCACAGGUAUGAUCCCUCCUCCUGUUGGAAAUGCCACAAAAAUGAUGAACUUCAGUUUGUCUGGGAAUAGAGUCAGCGGCAACAUUCCAAAGGAGAUCAGUAAUCUGAGCCAACUUGCAGACUUGUACUUGACUGAUAAUCAAUUAACAGGUUCCAUUCCCGCAGCACUGUUUAAUAUCUCGUCACUACUUUCCAUACAUCUGCGAUUCAAUAGACUUUCUGGUCCUCUUUUGCUUGAUCAAGGGAAUAUUGUGUCAAAUCUGAAGUUUUUAAGUAUAUCUAACAACCAAAUUUCUGGUUGCAUUCCUUCCAACAUAUGCCAACUCAAAGAGCUCAAAUGGUUGUCUUUAUCUUUCAACAACAUAACCGGAGACAUUCCCAGAAAUAUUGAUUGUUUAUCUAAGCUUGAGGGGUUCUCUAUUGGCAAUAAUCCAAUAAAAGGGAAUAUUCCUACUUCAUUGGGAAAUAUUUCCACUCUGCAUAUUCUUCAUAUUAGUAACAAUCACAUAGUGGGGCAAAUUCCUCCGGAAUUAGGGAAGCUAUCAAAUUUGAGGAAAUUAAUCUUAGCCCAAAAUUAUUGUCUCAUUGGUCAAAUUCCAGAGGCUAUUUUCAACAUUUCUUUGGAAAUAGUCAUGUUCAGUUACAAUAACCUCUCAGGGAGAAUUCCAACCACUACAGGUCUGCAUCUUCCGAACCUUAAAGAAUUUUACUUGGGAGCCAAUCAGCUGGAAGGGGAAAUUCCAUUGUUCAUAACAAAUGCUUCCAAGCUUGAGAUACUGGAUCUAGCACAGAACUUUCUCACAGGCGCUAUUCCUACUAAUUUAGGAAAUCUUCGUGAGCUGCGAGUACUGUUCCUACAUACUAAUCAACUUACCAAUGAACCAAGAGAGCGUGAGUUGUUAUUCCUCAAUUCUUUGGCGGACUGUAGGAUGUUGAAAUAUCUACAAGUGGGUAACAAUCCGUUGAAUGGCGUUCUGCCAGAUUCUAUUGGGAAUCUUUCAUCUAAUAUUCAAAACUUUUAUAUAGCAUAUGCACACAUCAAUGGUCUCAUCCCCACAAGCAUAGGCAACAUGAGUGGACUUACAACCCUAGUUAUUGAAGGAAACAACUUGACAGGGAGUAUUCCUCCUGAGAUUGGUAAGCUUAAACUACUCCAAGGGCUGGAUCUGACUAACAAUAAAUUGCAGGGACAUAUUCCAGAGGCGAAUGCUUAG